GUCUUGUUUGCUUGUUUGUUUACUUUUAGAAAUUUAUUCCUUAAUCAUUCCACCUGGAAAACCAGUCCUGCCACCAAAAGGGAUGAGCUAAAAGGGGGAAUGCCCAGCAGAAAAUCCCAAUUUAUGCCAAAAAAAAAAAAAAAAAGUUCCCAAAUAUCCUAAAGAUGUUCCCUCUUGCCUCCAGCUUCCCACAAGGAACAGACACACAAAUCCCAGAAAAAAACACAUAGGAAUUCCCCAUCCUUAGUGAAUUCUCCACUUUUUUAUAUUUUGGGGCAGAAAUUUUCCCAAUUUUCCUUUCCUUAGGCAAUCCCUGUUUGGGGAGGUGAGUUGGAAUUCCCUCAGGACAGAAGGAGCUGCCAAAUUCCCUGAUGGCUCAUCCUGGGUAACCAAGAAAUUUGGGAAUAAGAGGGAAUUUUGCAGAGCUGCAGCAUUUCCCCCCUCUGGCUGGUCUGAGCUCCAAAUGCAGCGCAGCCCCUCCGGAUGGGUUGGAUUGUUUGGAGAAAUCCCGGAGUUUAUUUGUGUGUGUGCUCUCCAGGUGUCCUGGUGGCAUUCCAACAUUAAUAUCCCCAAGUCUCCCGCUGGAAUGAAAGCAGGGAAUUUGGGCUGGGAUUUAAUCUCUGUCCUCUCCUUCACCUUCCCCCCUUCUAUUCCAGAGCUGCCCCAGAAAUAUUCCUUGGAGAAUAUCCUGGUGGGAGGAGGGAUCCAUCCCCGUGGAAGCCUCUGAUUGAAUUCCUGUUUUUUCCAUCUGGAGGAGAGGUUGUUCCCGCCCCACAUUCCCACCCUGGACCACCCAGGACAAUCCAGUCAGCAAUUCCAGGGCUCUGAACACAUGGAAAAUUCAAGAAUAAUAAAAAAUCCCUCCGAUAACAAAGGAAGAGGGAAAACAUCCCUUGGAGUGAGGGUUUUCCCCAGGGAUUGUCCUGUUCCCACUGGGAUCUGAGGAGCUUUUCCUUCUUGGAUGGAAGGCUUCCAGAGGCAUGAUUCCCACUUUUCCAGCUGCUAUCCAGCCUAAUAUUCCAGCUGUGCUCCACUCCUUCCAUUUCCAGGAGGAAAGGUUUUGGGAAGAGUGCUCCACUUCUCUCCCAAAGAAAUUUCCAAGCAUGGAUCUGCUGGGGGUCAGUGGGAUUUCUCCUCCCUGGAACUGGGGUGUCUGCUUCCAAAUGGAAAUGGAAAUGGAAUUUAAACACAAAGUGGGCUUGAAAAAUGGGACAAAACUCAGGGACAGUGUCCUGACUUGGCAUCCAGCAAAUUCCUUGGAGCUGCUCAAAGCACCUGGAGCAGCUCCCUCCCAGCUGGCAGAGACCCCAUGGAGCUCCUGGAAUUUUGUCUUGGAUUUUAUCUGCAGAGAUACAGAAUUCCUGGAUUUGCCCCAGAUUGUUUUGAACAUCCCCCCUCCUCCAGCUUUAGCCUGGAAGCUGCUCCAAUAUUGGAAAAACGUGGACAGGAUAAAGGGAGGGAAGGAUCAAUGCCAGCAUGGAAUCUGGACUCCAAGGAACAAAAUCCCUGCUUCCAUGAAAAGGAGGGAGAUGCCUGGAACGAACAGGAUAUUUGGGAUGGGAACUGCUCCUUCCUUUCUUCAUUUCCAUCUAGGUGGGCAUUCAGCCACUCCAUGAGAAAAAUCAUGGAAUGCUUUCAGUUGGAAGGGAUCUUAGCUCCUCUUCUCAUUCCAUGGGCAGGGACACCUCCCACUAUCCCAGGGUGCUUCCAGCUGGCCUUGGACACUUCCAGGGAUGGAGCAGCCACAGCUCCUCUGGGAAUCUGUGCCAGGGCCUCCCCACCCUCCCAGGGCAGGAUUUAUUCCCAAUAUUCCGUCUAAACCUGCUCCCUGCCAGCAGGAAGCCAUUCCCUUCUUCUGUCACUGCAUCCCUUGGGAAUAAUCUCUCCCAGUUUCCCUCCUCGGCUCCUUCAGGUCCUGGGAUGCCUCAGUUGGAUUAUCCUGAAGCUCCUCUUUGCCAGGCUGAGCAAUUCCAAUUCUCCCAGUUUUUCCUCCUGGCAGAGCUGCUCCAUCCCUCUGACUAUCCCAGUGCCUCCUCUGGAUUUGCUCCAACACCUCCACGUCCGUCCUGUGCUGGGAGCCGGACCUGGAUGCAGAAUCCCAGGUGGGACUUCCCCGGAGCAGAGGAGAAGGGAUGUGAAAACCUAAACAAAGCAAUUCCUUUUCUUGGCGCUUGGAAUUCUGUUCCCAUUAAACCCCUUCUAAUCCCUGCUCCUCUACAUUGCCCAAAUUCCCAAAAUUUCAUGUAACAGGAGCUCCCCUAUUCCAGCAGCCUUCCCAGAGCUUCCCAACCCCGGCUCCGUGUCCUUGUGAUGUCUCCAGAGGGAGCCGAGUUCCUCCAAUUCUUUUCCCCCCCACAGGUGUCCCCCCCUCCGGCUCCAUUGUCCCUCUUCCCAGUCCUGGGAUUUGCCGCCGCUGACGUCACACAUUCCACGCCCUUUUCCUUCUUUAACCUCUGAGUGACAUUUUGAAACCAAUUCCUUCAUUUUCAGCAGUUCCCUUUUUUUUAAUAGGUUUUAAUUAGUCGCAUUGGAUAUUCCAUUUGGUGGGAAUUCUGCUCUCCAGGAGAUCGUUGGGAUUGGAUUCCUAUGGAAAAUGGAGGAUUAUGGAUGUGUUCAGCCAAAGGGGGUUGGGAGAGAAAAUCCUCCUAAAGUUUGGAACCAGGACUUGGACUUUCAAUGGGAACAUCCAAGAACAUUUAAGGAGUGUGGAAUAUUCAAUAAAAAUCAAAGCAGCACCAAAAAUUCCCCAAAACAUUCCCACAUAAGCUUGGAACAUGGAGAUCUUCCUAAACGUGAUGGGAGGGAGCUUUCCUAUCCAUGAAACUCUUGGAAAGAGGGAUAAAUGGGGUUUUAGAGGUUUUUUUUUUGUUUGUUUGUUUUAAGCCACUGGAAAAGGUUUUUAGCUUUAUUUCUGCAAACAUUCCAUGAAUUUUCCAUGGUUUUGAACAGUAAGUUUUUCCCUGGGACAGGGUUCCUUAUUGGACACCCUACACAUCCUGAGAAAGAACAUUCCCAUCAAUUCCUUGAUUAUUCUGGAAUGACUUUUAAUAUUAAAAUGAUAUUUAAAUAUUUUGGGCUUUCCCCCAGUUUGGGAAUAUCCAGAAGAGCUUUAAUUAAAAAUUCCCAGAUUUUGUCCAGGAAAACUUGGUUGGAUAAAAAAAGCCAGGUUGGGUUGUGGAAAGAAGUUGUGGGUUGGAAAAUUGCGGGAUCAGCCAGGCAGACAAACCGUGAUCCGUGUUUUUCCAACAGCGGAGCCGUGUCCUGGGCUGGCAGCAGGGAACUGCUUCUGUGCUGAGCUCUCUUAUUCCAAGUCCAAAAAUACUCCCCCCUUUCCUGGAAUUCUAGAUAAAUCCAAUUAGAAACAGCAUCCACGUGGGGUUUCUCCAUCGCAGUUUUUUGGGAAGUUGUUUUCCCACAAUGCUCCGGGUUGGGAGCGUUGGCUGUGGCUCCCUGAACGUUCACUCGGAUGGGAAAUUCCAGAAGAUAUCCCAGCAGUCAGGGCUUUCCCAGGAAUGCUGUGCAUGAGCCGGUCUGGGAAUAAUCCACAGUUUUAAUUGGGAUUUUUGGCAGCUUUUUUUAUUUAGGAGGGAAGUGAAGGAGCAGAUUUCUGGUUCUAAUUUCGCUGUUGGAUCAUGGCCAUUCCCUCAGGAAUUCCAAACCCACCUAACCUGAGAAAUCCUGGAAUGGGCAGUGGAUCCAUGGCUGUGCCAAGCAGGAAAAGACUCCCCAGGCUCCCAGGGUUAAAUCCUGAAUCUGCUGCUGCCAGAAUGACGCUUCAGGAGAAAUCCUGGGAAUGCAGGGAGGGAACUGGGAUCAGCCCAGUUGUUGCCAUGGAGCAUCUCGGCAUCAAGGUCUGGAACAGCCCAUUCCAGUGGAAUUGUCCCUGCUCUGCUCAAGGAUGGGCUUUUCCAGCCCAAACCUGGAAUUCCGUGAGGAAUCCUCAUCCAUGGAAUGCCAGGACUGUGCUGCUCGGGAUGGCACCGGAGCCCGGCUGAGCUUGGCUCCAUCCCGGUAUUCCCAGGACCUUCCCACGACCCAGCUCCUAUUUCAGGGCUCUUCCAUCUAUUUAAAGAAAGGGAGAAAUGUGCUGGAAUAUUUGCGCGUGCGCGGGAGAGGCCACACCAAAUAUUCCCUCUUUUUUAGAGGCUGAUAUCCACGGAUCCCACGGCUAUUUGGCUGGGAUGUUUUCCUUCCCCUUUUAGCAACACGUGCCUGAAAAAUCUCGGCCCCUAUUAGGGCUUGGAAAACUCAGCUGCCGCCGGAGGGAAUAAAUCAAAUUCUUGGAGGGAGGGAGAAAAAAAAAAAAAAAAAAGCAGGAACACCACAAAAAUAAAAGCAUAAAAGCAGGAACGCAGCGCGUUUUACCCAAAACUUUGGGAUGGGAGCGAGGAGCCGUCGGGAAAGGUGCCAUAAAUACACAUUAUACUGCUGGCUUUUCGCAAAUGUGAGGAUGAGUGCUGUAUGUGCAAUGUCAAAAUAACUUUGCUUUUAUUUCUGCUACUAGCAAAAACCUGGACACGGCCGUAGGGGUGGCUGAUGGGGUUGUGAGGGAUUGUUGUCUGUCUGGUCGGGAUGACAUCCAGGGAAUGCAUGAUGCGGACCCUGCUGCUGAUACACCAACUCUCAGCACCUGCCAUCUGAUGGAAGCGGGGCCGAGGCCCAAAGUGGGAGUGAUAAAGAGGAACCGAAAGCACCAGGGACACGCCCGCUCUGAAAGUUUACUCCGAGAGUAAAACAGUUCCCGGGAUAUGGAAACUGCUGUGUGGAUAUCCAUAAGGGUCCGUGAAGAUGCAAAGGACUGAGGAGAGCGAACGUGUUUUUCACAAAGGGAAGCCGGGAAGCGCAACGAGGUGCACGCUACAGGAAGCCGCGGCCUCCGGUGAUAAAUAGGAAAGCCGGGAGCACAGGAUGUGUUUCGGGAGAGCUCGGCGGGACAGCGGGAUGUGACCGCCGGCCGUGACUCCGCUGGUCACUUGUCCGUUUGUCCGGCGGGAUGGCCGCGCUCCGGCCGCUCCUGCUGCUGCUGCUGCUGGCCUGGCGCUGCCGAGGGGACGACGUGGAGGUGCUGUGCGCCGACAGCGCCUGCUACACCCUGCACCGGGAUGAGAGCAACUGGAAAAGCGCCCAGGAGCGCUGCGAGGACAACGGGGGCAACCUGGCUCCGGUGGGCAGCGCCGGCGAGGCCGCCCGGCUGCGGGAGCUGCUGGCCAGCGCCGCCUGGCCCGGCCCGGCCUGGCUCGGCCUCACCCUGCCCAGGGGGCACUGCGUGCGGCCGCAGGAGCCGCUGCGAGGCUUCUCCUGGGUGGCCGGAGGCGAGCCGGGCAACUUCUCGGAGUGGGCAUCCGAGCCGGCGGUCACCUGCGUGAGCGCCCGCUGCGCGGCCCUGCGGCUGCCCGGCCCGCUCGGCCCCGGCGGCUGGGCCGACCGCGCCUGCCGGAGCUCGCUGCCGGCCUUCCUCUGCAAGUUCAGCUUCCAGGGAAUGUGCGGGCUGCUGCCGCUGGCCGGCCGCGGCGCGGUCACCUACGCCACGCCGUUCGGGGUGCGCAGCGCCCGCCUGGCCGCCGCUCCCUUCGGCACGCUGGCCGAGGUGCGGUGCGACAGCGGCCGCGCCUCGGCCUUCGCCGUCUGCAAGGGGCCGCUGGACGGGGGCGGCUUCGCCUGGCACCCGCCGGGCCCCCUGUGCCCGGUGGACUGCGGCCAGCACAACGGGGGCUGCCAGCAGCGCUGCCUGGAGGCGCCCGGCGAGCCCCCGCGCUGCGCCUGCCACCCCGGCUACGUGCUGGCCGCCGACAUGGCCUCCUGCCUGCCCGAGGAUUUCUGCCAUCCCAACCCCUGCCAGGGAUCCUGCCGGGCGCUGCCCGGCGGCUUCGAGUGCGGCUGCGAGCCCGGCUACGCCCUGGCAGCCGACGGCCGCGGGUGCCGGGAUGUGGAUGAGUGCGAGUCGGGGCCGUGCCAGCACCAGUGCCACAACAUUCCCGGCGGCUUCCAGUGCCUCUGCCGGCCCGGCUACCGCCCCGCGGGGCCCGCUGGCCACCACUGCCACGACGUGGAUGAGUGCGCCCAGCCCCACGCCUGCCCGCAGCUCUGCAUCAACAUUCCCGGCUCCUUUCGCUGCGCCUGCCGGCCCGGCUUCCAGCGGCAGCCGGGGGGAGAGUCCUGCCUGGAUGUGGAUGAAUGCCUGCGGGAUCCGUGUCCCGGCGCCUGCCGCAACUUUCCCGGCGGCUACGAGUGCCUGUGCCCGCCUGGCUCCCUGCGGGACGCGGAUGGACACGGCUGCAGCCCCGGAGAGGCGAUCCCAAACAGUAUCCCACAGAGCUCGAGCAUCCCGCAGAGCUCCAGCAGCAUCCCGCAGAGCUCCACCGUCAUCCCACAGAGCCCCAGCAGCAUCCCACAGAGCCCCAGCAGCAUCCCACAGAGCUCCGGCAUCCCACAGAGCUCCGGCAUCCCAGGCACCACGCGCAUCCCAUGGACCACGAGCAUCCCGCGUACUCUGGGAAUGCCCACCGCAGGAUUAGGGGCCGGCUCGGACGACGGCCCGCGGCUGCUGCUCUACUACAUCGUGGGCAGCCUGGUGGCCAUCCUGCUCCUGCUGGCGUUCGCCCUGGCGCUCGUGGCUUGCAGGAAAAGGGCGGCCAGGAGGGAGAAGCCCCCGGCCAAAAACGCGGCCGAUAAUUAUUGCUGGGUGCCCGAGCAGCCCGAGAGCCGCGGGGAGCGCAGGUAGGAGAGGGUUAAAAAUCCCGAUAAAAGGGUGGGAGGGAAUGCUUUGUGCCCAAAGUGAGCUCCUCUGGCUGUUCCAGUGGGAUUUGCAGUCCUGCUGCUCCAAGGGUUAACCAGAGGGGAGAGGGGGUGGGGUGGAUUUUGUCUCCUCAGCUCUGCUCCAAAAGGCAAAUUGGGAAUUAUUGGAUCGUGUUCCUAAAGGGAAACUGCUCACUUGGAAUUCUCCUUGCUGCCCCUUGUGCACUGCCCCCUCUGGAUUUGCCUCGUUCUCCUGGAAAAGGGUUUGAAGCUGGGAUGGAAAUGGGUUUGAAAAUGGGAUGGAAAAGGGUUUGAAGUUGGGAUGGAAAAGGGUUUGAAGUUGGGAUGUGCCUCAGCAGAUCUCAAACAGGCCCCUGCAGGCACAGCCAGGGUGGGGUUAAGUGUUGCUUUUGGGGUUUUAUUGAAAAUCUGUCGCCUGAAACCAGGGAAAACUGCUCAUCAUGGAGCCAAGGAAUGGCAUAAAGGUAGGAAAAGCUGUGUUUGGAAUAACCACCUCCUCAUUUCCUGAGUAUCCUGCCUAAAUACACUUCUAAACAGAGAAAACAAUGCUCUCCUUCCCAUCAGCCACAUGAGAGUCUGGGCUUUUCCUGUUGGAUCAUUUGUUUUGGGAAGGAUCCUUCCCAGCUCCAGGCUGAGCAUGUUUUCCCUCUUUCCCUGUGUAAGGAACAUGCUGGAAUUGGAAUAUUUGCUGAUUAUUCUGAGUAAAACUCGUAACUCCUGAAAAACUCUCCAGGCCAAGUUGCUCCCCAGGUACUUCCCAAAACUCCUUGAGCCUCUUCCAGCCUUUCCAGUGGGAAUUCUCCCCAAAAUCCUGAGGGGCACACCCAGCAGCACCUCCUCCAUGGUUUAUCCAUGCUGUGAAGGGCUGGAAAAGAUCAGCCACAGGAUCUGAAGGGUCCAGCAGCUUCCUGAAGUUUCUGUUGGAGUUAUUUUGUCCCUGGAGCUGAAUUGCUCCGGGAAUGGAACACAAAGGAGUUUGUGGUGGGCAGGGAGCUGCAUCCUGUCAUUCCGUGUGCUGAGGAAAACCCUUUCCUGCUUUUUUCUUGUCUUGGGGCUCCAUUGUGAGCUGCAAACAGGAAAAUGGAGCUGAUAGGAACGUUUUCUGUGUGGUGCCUGUAUUGGGAGAAAGGGAGGGAAUGCAGCAGCAGGAUUCUUGGAAAUCCUCCCAAAAAUUCCCAAAUCCCAAUCCAGCAGAGCAUUGGAAAUAGCUGGAUCAAUGGAGGAAAUCCCGUGUAAUUAUGCUGGAUUGGGAUCUGAGGGAAGUGACAGCCUUGGGGUUUUUUAUGGGAUAUAAGGCUAUAAAAAUGGAAAAGGAAGAGUGAGGGUAGAAUAAGAACUGGGAAGAACCUGAGGUGUGCUGUUUAUAAAAAAUCAAAAUCCUGAUUUCUGUGUAUUCCAUUGGGGAAUGAUGGUGGAUUUAGGGGAAUUUGUGCCAAGGUUUAGGUUGGAUCCUCCCUAAUGGAAUAUUUCCUGCUGUAGCAUCCUCCCUCCUGGUGCAAUUCCACCUGGAUCAUGUCUCUCAUUUUUCCUGCCACAUCUUGAUCCGUGGCCUCCUCAGGGAGUUGUCCAGGGGCUGGUGAAUCCCACAAGUUGGAGCAGGAUAAUUUGGUGCUCUGUCUUCCAGAGGAGAUGGGAUGUUCAUCCUGCUCCUUGGAGAUUUUUGUCGUGGAUGAGUGUUUUACUUUCUCAGAAUGAAACUCUUGGAUUUACAGGAUAAAGUUAUCCCAACACCUUUUUCCGAUGAAAUUCCAUGAAAACCUGAACAAAAAUGUGUUUGCAGUGGGUUUUAAUAAAAAUAUUCCUAAAAAUC